AUGUUUCAAGGAGAAGCUUUGGAGAAAUUGGCUUUGUUUCAAUGGAUAGUCAGAACUCGGAUGACAAAAAGAAAAAAGGAAGCCUGGGACUAUUUCACCAAAUAUGAUUCUGAAUAUGUUUUCUCUGACUUCUCCUUGCUAGCAAGCUUGGAGUCAAAUGGAUUUGUCCUUGCUAAAAAGCUUGGAAUCAAAUGGUCUCAAAUGUGGACCACAAAUUCAUACUUUGCUUGUGACAAACACCACCUUUUCCCAUCAAUUCUAUACUGGGAUGCAAAGCGGUAUCUGCUUUUGAAUAACCUACCCAACCAUAGUCGCGCACAAAUGCUUUGCUUGUACCUUGAUAACAAGUUUAGAACUGUUAGGUACUUUCCUGUGUUCGGGGAAAGAGAAUGCAUGGCCCUCUGCGUCAAUAGAUAUCACCUUCAAUUGAGAAUUUUUUUUUUGUUGGAUCUUUCAAGGUAUUCCAAACUUAAAGAUCCAGACUAA